GGAGAAGACAGCCACCUAGAAUGUCCCCACGAAACCACUCAGUGGAAGGCCUUCUCCAGGAGGCCUCCAACAGGUCUCUCAAUGCUACAGAAACCCCAGAAGUGUGGGACCCGGGGACACUCCAGGCCCUCCGGAUUUCUCUCGUGGUGCUUCUUUCCAUCAUCACACUGGCCACAGUCCUUUCCAACGCCUUCGUGCUGACCACCAUCUUCCUCACCAGGAAGCUCCACACCCCAGCCAACUAUCUCAUUGGCUCCCUGGCCGUGACUGACCUCCUAGUUUCCGUCUUGGUCAUGCCCAUCAGCAUCGCGUACACCACCACCCGCACCUGGAGCUUCGGCCAAGUCCUGUGUGACAUCUGGCUGUCUUCCGACAUCACGUGCUGCACGGCCUCCAUCCUGCAUCUCUGUGUCAUCGCUCUGGACAGGUACUGGGCCAUCACCGAUGCCCUGGAGUACAGCAAGCGCCGGACGGCCCGCCACGCAGCGGCCAUGAUCGCCGUGGUCUGGGCCAUCUCCGUCUGCAUCUCCAUCCCGCCGCUCUUCUGGCGGCAGGCCAAAGCUCGCGAAGAGAUGUCGGACUGCCUGGUGAACACGUCCCAGAUCUCCUACACCAUCUACUCCACCUGCGGGGCCUUCUACAUCCCGUCCGUGCUGCUCGUCAUCCUCUACGGCCGCAUCUACCUGGCCGCUCGGAAGCGCAUCCAGAACCCGCCGUCCCUCCAUGGGAAGCGCUUCACCACCGCCCAGCUCAUCACGGGCUCGGCGCGCCCCUCGCUCUGCGCGCUCAGCCCCGGCCUGCACGACGCCCACGGCCACUGGGCCGGCUCCGCUCUCUUCUUCAACCACGUGAAAGUCAAGCUGGCGGACAGCGUCCUGGAGCGCAAGAGGCUUUCCGCGGCCCGGGCACGGAGGGCCACUCGGACACUGGGGGUCAUCCUGGGGGCCUUUCUGGUCUGCUGGCUGCCCUUCUUCGUGGCAUCCUUGGUCCUCCCCAUCUGCCGGGACGCGUGCUGGAUCCACCCGGCCCUUUUCGACUUCUUCACCUGGCUUGGCUACUUGAACUCCCUCAUCAAUCCAAUCAUCUACACUGUGUUUAACAAAGAGUUUCGGCAAGCGUUUCAGAAAGUGGUCCGUUUCCGGAAAGCCUCUUAGUCUUGUUCGGUGGUGGCUCUUGUUGUCUUUCGUGUCCUGUGGCCCCGUCCGAAUGGUCUUUUUCUGUUUUUCCAGGGAUUUAGGUUCAUCCUAGUCUUUUGGGUCCGGGCUCAAUCCAUAGAUUUGUCCCGUGAUCCCUUUUUUCUUUUGUCUGCUUGUUUCUGAGCCACCGAAGUCCGGGACUCCAUGUGAAGGGGACAGAGACGGUUCGUUUCCCUUCGCGUAUCUUCAGGAUUCACCUGUCUGGGAAGAAACAGGACCCACAAGUUACCCAUUGAUGCACUUCUGGUGGAAAAUGGACUGUGGGAAGACCCAUCGGUCAGGGGCUUUCUGGUCUACCUAAGUGUUGUGUGGAACUCAGAGCUGGGUGGAUGAGCUGGACGACUUGAAUGGAAGGAGAAUUGGGAGUCAGGAUGGAGGCGUCUCCAUUCCGUGCAGCACCUUAGUUGGAAAAUAACACCCAGGGAUUUCUUCCUGUGAUUUCUCAUUAGGUUGAAUCUCCCAGUGGUUCAUGCGUGGUGAGAACAGUGUGGAGUGGCAGGGGUCAGAAGCUGGGAGCAGGGGAGUGGAGUGUCUGGAACCCCAUCAGCCACCCUGUGCCCCUCCCUCUCCGGUAUCUCCGCACCCUGUGCCUGAUGUUCUGAAGCUACAACGCACCGUCACUCCCCACUGAGGGAGGAUGACGGCUGUGUACCCACCAAGCUUUGA